CUGCACUCCGGGCAGCGGCACACCGAGCUGGACUCCGGGCAGCGGCACACCAAGCUGGACUCCGGUCAGCGGCACACCGAGCUGGACUCCGGUCUGCGGCACACCGAGCUGGACUCCGGUCAGCGGCACACCGAGCUGGACUCCGGUCAGCGGCACACCGAGCUGGACUCCGGUCAGCGGCACACCGAGCUGGACUCCGGGCAGAGGCACACCGAGCUGGACUCCGGGCAGAGGCACACCGAGCUGGACUCCGGGCAGAGGCACACCGAACUGGGUAGAGGCAUCAGGCUGGGUAGAGGCAUCAGGCUGAAUUGUGGGCACCGAGGCACCAGGCUGCACCACGGAAGGCAGGCUGACCGGUUUGGAUACUGGCAGGAUGGUAUUGGUUGGAAAGAACUUUCGCCUUUUCUUGGUUUUAGUUACCGGAGCACUGUAAGUAAGCGCAGGUUUGUAAACGGAUGGAGCAGCUGGAGACAGAGAAGAGCUGGAGGAUGGAACAGGGGAGGGAACAGUUGCUACAGAGGGCUUCUUUACAGGGUUAAAGGCAGGAUAGGUGCAGCGAGUGGGAACAGGGUACUGACAUGCGGUAGACAGCAGGGUAUACUGGGCUGUAACUGGAGGUGCUGUUGGGAAUGCAGGAAUAGAGCUUUGAAGAAAUAGAUUAGAAGCAGGACUGGGUUUUUGCAAGCUGACUGAGGCUGGGUGCAACAAGUCUGACCAUGUCUGCAGUAUGGUUUGAACAAAGCUCAGCUUACACAAAGCCUGUCUGACCAAAGACUGCACUGCGUUUAUACAAUCCCUUAAUACUUGUGGUGAACAUGCAGCAUAAUGCUCCAAGAAGCAAUCCACAUCAUCCUCUAAUAACCAUACCAGGGACUCUACCUGGUCUGCACUAAAUGGUGGCAAAAAGUAAUUCCUGCUUUCAGGGGUACCAGAUGAAGCCAACUCUACACAAACCUGAAUCAAAGGUUGCACCUCAGAGAACUCUGUGCCCUGAUCUACUAGAACAUGAGCGAUCCGUAUACAUUCUAGCAGUUGAUCCCGGGUAUACUCCCUCAGAGUCUGAUAAGCAUAUUCUCUGUCAUCAAAAACCAGCAGCGACAAAAUACACAACCUCAUCAAGAUCCAUCCUUCCCA